UUUGUGCUGCUGUUUCAGUCUGUGAAUAUUAUUAAUAUAUGAUACAGAAUAUAUAUGAUGAUUACCUUGUCAGUGAAGAAAAAUAUAAUAGAAAAAAAAAAAAGACAAGCUAAUGGAGUCAAAGACAAGACGACCACCUAUCUCUCUCAUUUCUCUCAGGUCCCUCUCCAAACCGUUUUCUACUCAGACGCAUCAACCAACCUCUCUCUCUCUCUCUUCCCUAUAUUCUAAGCAAACCCCACAACCAUCAUGAUCAUCAUUCCCACUCUAUGAAGCCUUCUCUGUCUCUCUUUCUCCACCUCUCUCAUAUUUUUACCAUUCUAUAAAGUCUUAACUAAUCUACAUCAAAUCAGUUGGGGAAGAGAGAUAGAUACCUUUCGAAGGAUAUAGGAUUCGGUAGCUAGUUCUCGAAAUGAGGAAGCCAGAGGCCUCUGGUAAGAACAGCAACGUUAAUAAUAAUAAUAUUAAUAAUACUAAUAAGCUUAGAAAGGGAUUGUGGUCACCGGAGGAAGACGACAAGCUCAUGAAUUAUAUGCUAAACAAUGGACAGGGUUGUUGGAGUGAUGUAGCAAGAAAUGCUGGCUUACAGAGAUGUGGAAAGAGUUGCAGGCUCCGCUGGAUCAAUUACUUGAGGCCUGACCUCAAGAGAGGUGCCUUUUCACCCCAGGAAGAAGAACUCAUCAUCCAUUUGCAUUCCCUCCUUGGGAACAGGUGGUCUCAAAUUGCGGCUCGCUUGCCAGGAAGAACCGACAAUGAAAUCAAGAACUUUUGGAAUUCAACAAUAAAAAAGAGACUAAAGAACCUGUCGACCUCCACAGCCUCACCAAACACGAGUGAUUCUUCCUCAGAGCCCAGCAAAGAAGCAACUAUAGGAGGGUUCAUCUCAAUGCAAGAACAAGGCAUGAAUCCUAUGUACAUGGACCCAUCAUUAUCAUCUUCAGCAUCAACAUCAUCAGCCACAUGCAUGCAAACCAUGUUUCUAAAUCACAUGAUGGACCCAUCACCCACUUUUAAUCAUGGCAUAAGCAUGUAUGGUGCAAGUGUAUACUUCAAUAAUGCAGCCCCAUGCAUAACGACCCAGAUAGGAGAUGACCAUUUAUACGGUAAUUAUCAAGGGAUGCUUGAAGGUGUUAAUAUUGGGAUAGAAGGGGAGUUUCACAUUCCUCCUCUAGAGAGUAUAAGCAUCGAGGAAAAUGUAAAAACAGAAAAUAUAUAUGGCGGCGACACCAAUAAGCACCCAUAUAGUGACGUGAACAGAAUUAGCAGCAAUUGCAAAAACUACAAUAGGGCAGAGAAUAUGGCCGCUGCGGUUGGAAACUUUUGGCAAGGAGAAGAGCUAAAAGUGGGGGAAUGGGACUUGGAAGAGUUGAUGAAAGAUGUUUCCUCAUUUCCCUUUAUUGAUUUUUCAAGUUAAGUAACUGGUUUUCCUUUUGAGAAAAACAAAAAAUUUCUUUUUCCUCCAAAUCCCGGAUUGAUUAUUACCCUUUUUUCCUUUACACAUAUAUAAAAACCUACUAUACAUACCAACUUUCUGUAGCCUUUCUAUCUUUGCCAAGUGAUUAUACAUAGCUUAGAUAUGGUAUAUAUAUAAGAGGAAGAUAGACAGGAAUAUUCUAGGAGUUGAAUAAAGGCCAUUCUGUUCAUGACCUAAGAAAUUAUUGUAAGUAUGUGCCUUGUUGUUCAUGUGUAAUUGAAUAGGAAUGUGCAGUAGAUUGAGAGAGACAUCAAGAGAUUACUAGUCGGCACAUAAGUUUAGUUACCAUUUACUAUGAGAUGUACAAAAACACCUGAGUGGAAGUUAUUGGUGGGAGAUUACACAUUGAUAAAACAUAUUGAAAAUCUCUAUCUCUCUCAACCUUCUUCAAAAGGAAACUUGUUUUCUUUUAUGGAAUAUGAUUGUUACUUAUAAUGAGGUUUAUUUGAAUUGUUUAGAUGAGAUGUCCACUCGGAACAGCAAUAAUAAUAUGUAGGUAGCAUAUUGUAUAUUUGGCCAGUUUGCUUUCAUUUUACACAUGACAUAAUGUAAGAAUAUCUCUUAUAUUUUAUUAGUUAGUUAGCCUAAA